AUGGCUCCUCCUGUCCGAGCUGAGGUCGCCUUGACCUCCCUUCAAAACUGCUUGGUCAACCUUCCUCCAGGAUUGAUUGCGUUGAUCAGCAACACGAACAUUCCAGCUCAAAAUGUGGUGGUCGAACUGCAAUAUCGAUCUCAAACUCUUUCAUUUGGGGCUGUCUCCAGCGGCAACACUGCCGGGUUCCAACGAUGCGCAUAUGUCGGAUGGACUGGAAUGCCAAGUCGGACGAGGCCAGCGUCUCUUUUGAAUAACGAUCGUGCUCGACCAGGAAGCAGGGAGCAGGAUGUCCAGACUAUUGAGAUUGACACGACGUUCGCCAAAGUCCUUGGUCUUGCUGAAGGCCAGAAGAUCGGAGUCCUUAUUCACCUCGAUCCGCCUGUCGCUCACAGUAUCAACAUCGAACCCUUGACCCCCGCGGACUGGGAGAUCAUCGAACUUCAUGCCACAUUUCUCGAGCUCAACCUGUUAUCUCAAAUUCGCGCGCUCCCUAAUCCUGCAUAUAGUAGUAAAGCUACCACCCAGGCGGAAACCGCCCAUCCCUUAACGUUACAUCUAUCACCAACAUCAACGGCAAACAUCGUCGUCACCUCUUUGGUCCCGCCAAUACCAAACACCAUCCCUUUCGCCAAGAUUGCGCCAGACGCUGAAGUCAUAGUGGCGCCCAAGACCCGACCCAAGUCUAGCAGAAGCGAUAGAAGAGAUGCCAGAAGUACGGCAAGCAGACGUAGUGGCAAGAGCGGCGUCAGCUCAGCUCGCAAAGCCGUGCCGACGAGGCCUGCUCUCUUCGUGCGCGCCAUUGAUCGCGCAGUGGCAGACGGCUUCUUCGAUGAUGCUUCCAACGCGACACGGACUAACCAGCUCUGUGUCUGGAUUGGUGGCGAUGUGAUAGAGUCAGAGAGCCUGAAAGCAGCCACAUGGGUAAACGUCACCGUCGUCAAACCCAACGGCAUGCGCGCCCAGCUAGACACGACUCAGCUCAACCGACUGAAAGAAGAAGAAGGCAGUGAAGUCGGGAGACCUGCUUCUAAGAUCGUCGCUCGACUACUGCCUUGGCAGUCUCCUGUAGAUGGCAACCAUGCCGUGUUGUCCUCUUCUCUUUGCAAGAUACUUGGUGCUGAAGGACUGGUGGGGGUCAUCGUCCGAAUCCAGGCUGCAACCCCGCCAUUACCGCGCUAUUCGAUCAAGAAAUUCCAGUUCUACCCGUUCCUGCCUCUAAACUCGAAAAAGAAAGACGGUCUUCAGUUCGGUGGAGAUUCACAAGCAGCCAAGCGAGCUCUGGCGGACAAGUUACGAAUGACCUUUGCUGGAGAUGACGAUCUACUGGCUGGUCCUCUCACAGAUGGAAUGGUCCUUCCCUCGUUGGGUGAUGCGUCGUCUGCGGCGUCAUUUGAUGGGGGCAUCCUGCGGUUUAAGCGCCCAGCAGAAAUGGACGAAGAUCCGGACAAUAAACCCCUGUGGGUGGUCGCACAGGAGCAGGACCAUGAGUUCGAGAUCAAAGCCGAAGUCGCCCGGCCUGUUGAGCUGACGACCUUGUUCCCCACCUUCGCCCACGGCCUUCCAACAAGGCUACCUAUAUUAAUUGGUGCUGACGGGGUCCUGCAGCAGUGCAUGUCGAAUCUGACAUUAUGCUCGUCGGUUUUGCUGACUGGUGGCGUCGGCUCGGGAAAGACGUCGCUCGCGCAUUGCAUCUCCCAGAGGCUCCGAGAGGACUAUGUCUUCAAUGUGACUUUUUUUGACUGCCAGAAGCUCGUGACGGAUGAGACUCGCGUGUCGACGGUGAAGGAGACCUUGACACGGCUGUUUAUGUCAGCAUCUUGGUGUGCCAGGCUCGGUGGACAGUCAGUGGUUGUGCUCGACGACCUGGACAAGAUUUGCCCCAGCGAGACCGAGUUGGAAGUUGGCAAUGACAACGCGAGGAGCCGACAGAUCACCGAAGUGCUGUGUGCCAUUGUACGUCAGUACUGCAGCAUCCAUUCCGGCGUCGCUUUGCUUGCGACCGCGCAGUCCAAGGACUCGCUCAAUAGCAUCAUCAUCGGAGGACACAUUGUCGGCGACAUCAUCUCGAUAAAGGCUCCCACGAAAGAGAUCCGACGCGAUAUCCUUGCAUCACUGACCAGCGAUGGCUCUUCUCAACCGCCGCACAAGCACACCAGAAACGCAAGCGAUACGCGAAGCAUGUCCGAGAAUUCCUGGAUGGACCCGUCGAAUCCAUCGUCUCGACCAACGUCUUCCGCUGGAUCCCCAACAAGCGAAGGCUUCCGCGUUUCCCCAAGCCUCGACUUUCUCGACGUCGCCGGCAAGACGGAUGGCUACAUGCCUGCCGACCUGGUACUCCUCCUCGUGCGCGCCCGCAACGAAACCCUCACCCGCAUGAUUACAUCUAACGACGACUCCUCCGACACGCAGCCCACACUGACAAGAGCCGACUUCGACGCAGCGCUGAGGAAUUUCACUCCCUCAUCCCUCCGCAACGUGACACUGACGCAUUCGACCACCACGUUCUCAUCCAUAGGCGGCCUCCACAGCACCCGGAACACGCUGCUCGAAACGCUGCUCUAUCCGACGAAAUACGCCCCGAUCUUCGCUCGCUCCCCACUCCGCCUGCGCUCCGGCCUCCUCCUGUACGGCUACCCCGGCUGCGGCAAGACGCUGCUCGCCUCGGCCGUUGCCGGCGAAUGCAACCUCAACUUCAUCUCCGUCAAAGGGCCCGAGAUCCUGAACAAAUACAUCGGUGCCUCGGAGAAGAGCGUGCGCGAUCUCUUCGAACGCGCCCAGGCCGCAAAGCCGUGCGUCCUCUUCUUUGACGAGUUCGACAGCAUCGCCCCGAAGAGGGGCCACGAUUCCACGGGCGUGACGGAUCGGGUCGUGAAUCAGAUGCUCACGCAGAUGGACGGCGCAGAGGGCCUAGACGGCGUGUACGUCCUAGCCGCGACGUCCCGCCCGGAUCUGAUUGACCCGGCACUCCUCCGACCAGGGCGCCUGGACAAAUCCCUCCUCUGUGACAUGCCCGACAUGAACGACCGGCUCGACAUCCUAAAGGCAGUGAGCACGAAACUGCGCCUGCCCCCCGAAGUCGAGAACCGGCUGUUGAGCGUGGCGCAACGCACCGAGGGUUUCAGCGGCGCGGAUCUCCAGGCACUGAUGUACAACGCGCAUCUGGAAGCGAUCCACGACCUACUCGGCGACAAGACGUCCGGAUCCUCGUCCUCGCAUGCAGCGCACAACAACAAAGACACUUCCUCCCUCUCCAACGGCACGGGGCCGGGCAAACGCCGCAAGAAACACGCCUCGCACUCCAAGCACGACUUCAUCCAGUUUCUGUACUCGCCCGAGGAGGACGCGUUGGCAAAGAAGUCGCUCGGCACGGGCGCCUCGGCCGCCGAAUCCAAAGCCGCCGUGGCGGCCAAACUCGAGGACCUGAAGAUGAUGCGCAAACGCGAAAAGGCCAUGCUAAGGAACACCUUUGCGCGCCGCACGUCGGGCCCGGAAGCGGCCGAGGAGAAUGCGGGUGCAGGUGCCGAUGCAGACACCAAGGACGACAAGGUGGUAAUAUCCUGGCUGCACGUGGAGAAGAGCCUCGCGAGCACGCGGAGCAGUAUUUCGCCGGACGAGCGGAGGCGCUUGGCCGCCAUAUAUAGGGAGUUUGUGGUGGGGAGGAACGGGGAGAUGCCGUCGGGUCAGGGCGGACGGGAGGUUGGGGGCCGGACGAGUUUGAUGUAA